CGCGAGUUUGCUGCAGGCGACGGCGCCGGUGGCGCUGGCGCGGCUGCGGGCCGUGGGGCUGCAGUUCAGCAGACCUGGAGAUUAUUUGGCGGAGAUGUUGAAGAGUGAGAAGCAAAUGGGGCGCGUGCGUGCGCAGCUGGAGGCUGAGCAGCAGCAGCAGCAGCAGCAGCAGCAGCAGCAGAACCGCAGCUUCAACCGCAAGUUCAACCGCCUCAGCGGCCACCAAAUCGUGCAGCAGCAAGAAGCAGCGCGCAGACGCAAUCUGCAGCUCAAGGCCAUUCAGGAGUGGCGCAGCAGCAGGCAGAAAGCCCGCAGCAGCGGGGCCCCGCAGCAGGAAGCAGAAGAGGCCUUUGACCAGUGGCUCUUGGGUCUGCAGCAGCAGCAGCAAGGGGGCCCCCAGGCCCUGCCCAACCACGGACGCAACUUCAAGCAGCUGCAGCGCCCGGGGGGCCCCCCGAGGACCCCCAGCAGCAGCAGCAGCAAAGGCAGCCGCAGCAGGAGAAAGGGCAAACCCACCAAGCGGGGCCCCCGCUCAGCAGGGGGAGCCAAGAAAGGCCCCCGCAAGAAGAAGAGGCUUGCUUAG